AUGGCUGUACGCUUUUUUCCACCAGGUGAAAUGGAGAACGAGGUCAAGCGGCGUCUUGGACCUCACGUGCAGCGACGAGGCGAUGGAUUUACCGAAGCAGAAUCAAUGGGUAUGUUGCAAUUAGUGCGUACUCACUGGCGUGAAGGAUGGGAUGUGAUUGCACAGCUGCAUAAUCAACAGUUCUCCAAGCACAACCGCUCGGCUGAUUCGCUCAAGAAAAAGUUUUCACGUUUGUAUCGAUCUAAUGUUCCUGUACGAGGCGCCAAGAACCACCAAGCAAUUACAUUUGCUCAUGUAGUACACAAGGAAAUGACUGAAGGAAUGCCGCUUUCUCAUGGCGCUGUCGCUCCAAGCGUUGACGAGGAGCAGAGUGAGAACUCGUUCCAGCCACCACAAGGUGAUGAGCGAGAACAGGACGGCGGAGCGACCGAGUCAGAGCAUAGUUGGGUGGAAACACCAUCUGACGUGCUUGCUUCUACUACAUCAGCUGGUCUCGUGACGACUCCAAUCGCUGGUUCGGUUGUGACACCUUCUACUGCUGCGCCACGUCCGCGCUUACGACUACCACGCCAGACACCCGAGUGGCAAAAUCCGGCAGUAAUUUUUCCGCCCGAGGCGACACCGUUGCCGAAUGAUGAUUUGCUGACGUCGGUGUUGAAAGUCAUUCUCCGCUCGCAGUAUCAACGUGACUUGGACAGAGAAGAAGAGCGUGCCCGUCGGGAGGAAGAACGACAACGUCGUAGGGAAGAAGAAGAACAGCGGAGGCAGGAAGACGACCAUCGACGUAAUGAAGAACGUGAAGAAUGGCGACGACGCAGUGAAGAACGCGCUGAAGAACGUGAAGAGAACCGUCGCAGACAUGAGCAAUUUAUGCAGAUGAUGGUGCUGCUUGUGGGAAAGAAUGACACCACUCAAGAGCGUGACCCCGAAUGUUAA